ACAAACUCGCACAGAGUGAAAUUUAUCACUUUGUUUAAAUGGACACCUCUUGACAGACGCCUCUUUAGUCCGAGGAAAGCGGUGAGACUCGUUUAGUGGCCGUGAAUUGUGCUUAAAGCGCUGCAGAUGUGAAGUGGACGUUUUGUUUAGCUAGCAAGCUUAGCCACAAGAGAAAAGGGAGUAAAUGUCAUCUGAGCUCUGACCCCUGGAAACCUCCAGCCCAGAACCUAAUUUAUGUUUUGCGGUGAGGCCAUGAGCACUGCCAACAUCACCAGAGAUAUCCUGCACAGGCAGAUCAGGGACAAGAGAGCAUCAGGCUUCCAAAGGUUCUAUCAUGUGACUGACCCCUUCAUCAAGAGACUUGGACUGGAGGCAGAGCUUCAGGGCCAUACAGGCUGUGUGAACUGUUUGGAAUGGAAUGAACGAGGAGAUCUCCUGGCUUCAGGCUCUGAUGAUCAACAUGCCAUCAUCUGGGAUCCGUUCAGACACAAGAAGCUUACAACUAUGCACACAGGCCACGCAGCAAAUAUAUUCUCUGUAAAGUUCCUCCCUCACUCCGGGGACAGGAUUUUGGUAACAGGUGCAGCCGACACAAAGGUCCAUGUCCACGACCUGACGGUGAAAGAAACCAUCCAUAUGUUUUCUGAUCACACUAACAGAGUUAAACGCAUCGCUACAGCACCCAUGUGGCCAAACACCUUCUGGAGUGCUGCAGAAGAUGGCAUCAUCAGACAAUACGACCUGAGGGAGAGCAGUAAACACUCUGAGGUGCUGAUCGACCUGACGGAGUUCUGUGGUCAGCUGGUUGAGGCCAAAUGUCUGGCUGUGAACCCGCGCGACAACAACUACCUGGCUGUGGGAGCCAACGGGCCUUUUGUUCGCCUCUAUGACAUCAGGAUGAUUCACAACUACAGGAAAUCUAUGAGUCAGGGCACUUCAGCAGCUGUGCACACAUUCUGUGAUCGGCAGAAACCUAUUCCAGAUGGAGCUGGGCAGUAUUAUGUUGCAGGGCACUUGCCAGUAAAACUUCCAGACUACAAUAACCGCCUGAGGGUCCUGGUGGCCACCUAUGUUACCUUCAGUCCAGAUGGCACUGAGCUGCUUGUUAACAUGGGUGGGGAACAGGUGUAUCUGUUUGACUUGACUUUUAAACAGAGGCCAUAUACUUUCUUCCUUCAAAAAAAAUGCCCAUCAUCAACAGGAGACGUGCAGAAUGGAAAGACGACCAACGGCGUCUCCAACGGUAUUCACCUGCCAGCCAGCCACAUUUGCUUCGCUGGAAGCAAAAUGCACUCUAGUUCUACUGAUCUCCCUCCUCACUUGGAGAAGAUAAAGCAACAAGCUAAUGAUGCCUUCGCCCGGCAGCAGUGGACACAGGCCAUCCAGCUGUACAGUUUAGGUAUUCACCAGGCCAGCUGCAACGCCAUGCUGUACGGGAACCGGGCUGCAGCCUACAUGAAACGCAAGUGGGAUGGAGACCAUUAUGAUGCCCUCAGGGACUGUCUGAAGGCUCUGACUCUGAACCCCGGCCAUCUGAAAGCACAUUUCAGGCUGGCACGGUGUCUGUUUGAGUUGAAGUAUGUGGCUGAGGCUCUGGAGUGUCUGGAUGAUUUCAAAGGAAAGUUUCCAGAGCAGGCGCACAGCAGUGCCUGUGAUGCCUUAGAUAAAGACAUCAAGGCGGCGCUUUUCUCCAAGACAGAAUCAGCAGAAGACAAGAAGUCCAACAGCUCCAUUCGAUUCCACUCAUUCAGUCGGAAGGAGUCCAUUCCUGAAGACGAGCUGGUGUUGAGAGAGCGCAGCUUCGACUACAAGCACAGAUACUGUGGUCACUGCAACACCACCACAGAUAUCAAAGAGGCCAACUUCUUUGGAAGCAAAGGCCAGUACAUUGUCAGCGGCUCAGAUGAUGGCUCUUUCUUUAUCUGGGAAAAGGAGACGACUAAUCUGGUGAGGAUCCUGCAGGGAGACGAGUCCAUAGUCAACUGUCUGCAGCCUCAUCCCAGCUACUGCUUCCUCGCUACUAGUGGUAUCGACCCUGUGGUUCGAUUAUGGAACCCCAGACCAGAGUCUGACAACGAGAACGGACGCGUCGUGGAGGACAUGGAGGGAGCUGCUCAGGCAAAUCAGCGGCGUAUGAACGCUGACCCACUGGAAGUCAUGCUGCUUAACAUGGGCUAUCGCAUCACUGGCCUGCGUGGUGUCGGCCCGGAUGGUUCAGACGAUGAGGACAGCUCAGAGGGACAGGUGCAGUGCAGGCCAAGCUAAACAAACAGCCAUCCAUUCUGUAGAAUGGAUUUAGGAAGCAAAGCGCUCGCCCAGCUCCUGUUUGAAUUUUAAUUCCCCCUCCCUGUCUGACAGAACAUUGAGUGAAUGUCAUGUCACAUCUCUGCACUAUGCAUCGCCCUCCCCUGUCCUGCGAGGGGACCGGUGGAGACCACUUCGGGGAGAGGAAUUCAUGGAGGGUAGAGACGACGCCCUUCUCACCCCCUUCAAAGCACCAACAACACCUCAGCCUGUCCCUCCACCCCGCUGGGGGGGACACCUUUGAGGAGAGCACCUUCCACGUCACUCCCCCAGUUUCUCACGAAGAAGGAGGAGUUCAGCACUUAUCCUUCCUCAGGUUUAUGUUGGAGAGGGACACGACACGGACAAGGCUGCAGUCGGGCGACCUAUUUUCAGGUCGGCGUGGCCACAUGGUCGCGGUGUUCUCCGCCGAGGAUCAGAUCACAGAUCAGAAAACGGUGCUUUGUUGCAUCUCCUGUCUGCUCUACAGAUGGAGCAAAGUGUCACAGUGUCAUCUCAGAAAGGCUGCACACCCGAGUCAUCGAUUCUAAGUUCAAGUUUUGGUCGCAGGAAGCCUAGAAUUACCUGUCGACAGUGUUGCUCCGAUGAAGUGUGUUUAUAAGCUUUGUUUAGUUUACAACUGUCAGGAAAAACAAGGGGUUUCUUCUGCCAAAGUUUGCCAUCUACCAUUUCAACAGCCAAGGUUUAAGUCUAUGUCUAAGUCUAAGGAUUAAUGUUUGAGUUCUCUGUGUCAUUGAAACACAAUUUUGGCUCCUUUAAGUUAAGGUUUUAAUCUAAUAGAUUACUGACAGUUCAACAAGAGAUCAACCAAGAAAUAUUUGUAAAAGACAACACUUUCUAAUACUGUUUUUGUUUUUGUCCCGUCGAUUGCACAUGCCGUUUGAGAUGUCAGUGUCAAACUUGUUGGGUGUAAGUGGAGCACAGAUGCUAGUUUGUGGUAUAUGACAACUGGGCGCAAAGUGUUCGGUGACUGAUAGGGUCCUGCCUACUAGCUGCGUGGCUCUAGCUUUAGUCCUCUGCUGCAGUCAGGUGUUCAGUCCUGCUUGCAUGAGGCUUCUCUGACAAUAGUUGUGGGCAAAACAAAACAAACUCAGCCACAUCCCAUCCGCUGCUCAGAGAACAGCUCUUUGGGUCUUCUAAAUGUUAACGAAAGGUUCCUCAUGCAUCACUAGGCUUCCACACGUUUUACUUUAUUCCUGAAUUUGUUUUUCUUCGAGGAAUCGUGUAAUAACCUUUGUUGCAAACAAAACAAAGAAUAAAAUCAUUGAACACCU